UCAACCUUCCUAGUCAUUGUGAAAGACAUAUCACUUCUGCUCAUUCGGGUUUCGGACAUAAGUGUUCUUCUUGUAGCCUGGUAUUUGCAAGGACCGACCAAAAACACGGAUGCUUGAGCUACACAUUCCAAAUAGUGAAGAGAGCAACUGGAACCUUCACGGGAGAAGAGGCUCUUGAAUUCCAAACAUUCCAGAAAAACCGGUCCAAAUUUUUCAGCCCAUACAAAAGCCCGCUAAAACUAAUCUCGGGAACACCAACCUGGCGCCCUCCAAAAGAAGAACCAAGUUCACUGAUCCAGUUAUCCCAAAGAAGAAGACGUAUUACGGCCAAGCUCCCAACAGAGCUUUACAGAAACUACCUUCUUUGAUGGAUCUUCCUUUGUGUCCCCCUACCGGCGACGCAGGCACUAACUAUACAGCCAGAGAACCAACGACCACUACUCCAACUUCAACGUCCUCCAUGUCUUUAGGCACCACUUCCAAAACCAAAACCUCAACUGCCGUUAUCACUACCACGUCCACUUCCAUAAAAGCAAAUGCGCGCCCUACCGGCCUUAACAAAGAUCUCUCGAUGUCCACAGAUUCCGAUUCCUCCUCUACCAAUUCCGCCCAUAAGUCAGCGUAUGAUAAAGACACCAUUGUCUCCAAGAAAGCAGAUCAACUCUCAAUCAUGACUGAUGGCGUCAUUGACCCUCCUCAGGAAUAUACUGUCCCAGAAACAACAGGCGCACAAUACAAACCGACUAGUAAACAGGAGCUGAAAGUAAAAGACAUGAUGGCCAGGCAAAAAGAGAUCAUCACGUUGGACGUUGGGGGUACCAAGUUUACCACCACGAAGUCAACUUUACAAGAAGAUCCUUCCUCAUUAUUAGCUGCCUUAUCAUCCAAAACUUCUGAAACGUUGUUCAUAGAUCGAAACCCGAAGCAUUUCCCCGUCAUUCUGGACUUUCUACGAAAUGGAUGUUGUACGUCAGACCUGGUCCUGCCUGCCAGUUUCCAUGCUAUAAAAGAACUGUACCAAGAAUGCGUGUUCUAUGAAUUAGACAAUCUCACGAAACACCUGGAACCAUUAUUGAAAUACAUUCCAUCACAGUGACCAACAUACCCAGACCAGUGUGAAAUUCUAGAGACUUGAAUGAUGAAAGAUGAAAUUUGAUAUAUAAACUUUAUUUAUUUGUUUGUUUGUUAUAUUUGUAAUAUGUCAA